GGGGCGCGGCGUCCAGGCGGCGGCCGCGGCGGCUCCUCAGUGUCCGGCUCAGCUCCGGCUGCGGCUCCAGCCCGCGAUGCCCCACUCCGUGACCCUGCGCGGCCCUUCGCCCUGGGGCUUCCGCCUGGUGGGCGGGCGGGACUUCAGCGCACCCCUCACCAUCUCGCGGGUCCAUGCUGGCAGUAAAGCUGCGCUGGCUGCCCUAUGCCCUGGAGACCUGAUCCAGGCCAUCAACGGGGAGAGCACAGAGCUCAUGACACACCUGGAGGCACAGAACCGCAUCAAGGGCUGCCACGACCACCUGACGCUCUCCGUGAGCAGGCCUGAAGGCAGGAGCUGGUCCAGUACCCCAGAGGAUGGCAAGGCUCAGGCACACAGGAUCCACAUUGACCCUGAGGCCCAGGAUGGCAGUCCAGUGACCAGCAGACGGCCCUCAGCCACAGGGACUGGGCCGGAAGACGGCAGGCCUGGCCUGGGAUAUCCUCACGGGCAGCCACCUCACCCGCCAGUCCCUCACAAUGGCAGCAGCAGCGAGGCUACCUUUCUGGCCCAGAUGAGCACCCUGCGCGUGUCUUCACCCCACAGUACUGAGCAGGCCAGAGGCCUUCCGCGGAGCCGGGACUGCGGAGUCGACCUGGGCUCCGACGUGUACAGGAUGCUGCGGGAGCCGGCGGAGCCCUCAGCUGCGGAGCCCAAGCAGUCAGGCUCCUUCCGCUACUUGCAGGGCAUGCUGGAGGCCGGGGAGGGCGGUGAGCGGCCCGGGCCUGGAGGCCCCCGGAACCUCAAGCCCACGGCCGGCAAGCUGGGCGCUCCGCUGAGUGGCCUGCAGGGGCUGCCCGAGUGCACGCGCUGCGGCCACGGCAUCGUGGGCACCAUUGUCAAGGCGCGGGACAAGCUCUACCACCCCGAGUGCUUCAUGUGCAGCGACUGCGGCUUGAACCUCAAGCAGCGCGGGUACUUCUUUCUGGACGAGCGGCUCUAUUGCGAGAGCCACGCCAAGGCGCGCGUCAAGCCGCCCGAGGGCUACGACGUGGUGGCGGUGUACCCCAACGCCAAGGUGGAACUCGUCUGAGCCACUCAGAAGCUCCAUUCCUGCCUCUGUUUUUAGUGCCCCCGCACGGCCCGUGUAAAUAUGUUUGCCCCCUGCCUCUCUAAUAAAGUCCCUCUGCUCUCUUA